ACACUCUCUUUCUCUUUGACUUUUUUUCCAGUGUCUCUCAGAGCUGUGUGUGUGCUGCUCCUGCUCCCUCCCUCUCUCUCUUUCUCUCUCUCUCUCUAUUCAUCUCCACUGUGUGUGAGAUAACGUCUGCCUCUGAGACCAGUCUCAGGAGUUCCAAGAGCAUUCAGUGAGUUUCAUUCAGAAAUCUGAAGACAUCAUGAAGUUUGAACUGCUGCUGCUGUUUGCCCUAGUUGGGUCUUUUUGUACCAUCACACAUGCAAGUACUAUUGUGGUACCCACAGAUGAGGCGCUGGCACAAGUGACAGGGGCCUUUGGGCCCACUGAGGUUGCAGAGACAUUAAAGGAGGUGGAGGAACCUGUCACCGAAGCACCAGCACCAGCUGCUACUGAAGCUGCUGUGGUGGAAGCAGAGAAAUCAUCAGCUCAUACUGAAGUUCCUGUGGUGGAAGCAGAGACACCAUCAGCUCAUACUAAAGUUCCUGUGGUGGAAGCAGAGACACCAUCAGUUCAUACUGAAGUUCCUGUGAAGGAAGCAGAGACACCAUCAGUUCAUACUGAAGUUCCUGUGAAGGAAACAGAAGCACCAUCAGUUCAUACUACAGCUCAGACGGCGCAAGCAGAAGCAACAGAAGGAGUUACGGAAGCUCCUGCCGAAAACACCGAAACAACUGUGGAGGCAGAGGAUGCUGCAGCUACAGAAGCUACACCUGAAGUUAUUGAGGUAGCAGGUGAAACUGAAGCUCCAAAAACAGGGCUGUCAAUCACAGAGACAGUAUUAAACGCAGAGGCUGACCAAGGGAUCGAAACAGAGAGGGAUGAGGUGGAAGUGGAGGACUCAGAGGGUAUGAGCACGGGUCAAGUGGUAGGCAUUGUGUUUGGUGCACUGGUCGCUGUGGUCAUCAUCAUUGCAGUGAUAGUCGUGGUGGUCAGGAGGAUGGGACAAUACUCGACUGGAAAGAAACAAAAGCCUCAAAAACAACAUGGCCUCUCAUUCUCUCCCCUGAAAAGGAAGGUGGCACGACAGGAAGAAAAGAAGAAAAAGAAGAAGUUCUGGAAAUUCUGAACUACUGAACUGAUGUCAUUUCCUGUCAUUAAAUAAGCAAGCCAGGAGCACUCUAAUCAUCCAGGACUAUUAGGGCAGCAUCCUGCCUUACCCUAUCCCUAGAACCAUUGAUUUGGACACUUCCCCCAUCACCCUAACCUCCCCCCCCCCCCCCAACAAACAAACAAAAAACCCUCCCCAUAACCCCCACCGCUGCCAAAGAUUCAGACAGGAAGUAAAGGAGGAGGAAGAAUUUGAAUGUGUCACAUAUACUUACAACACAUCUGGGUUGUUAUGCAGACCUAAUGAGCAAACACAUUAACAGCCAGUUAAAAAAAAACAAAAACUAAAAUAUCUUUUAAAAUAACGGGGAGAUAUGAGGUAAAGUACAGAAACGCGAAAUAGUACAUAUGUAAAUAACACCAAAAAUGGCCAUAACUCACCAGCCUUUAACUUUCUCUCUUUUUUUAUUGCAUUCUAUGUAUCGAAAGCAUGCUUGAACACACACCAGCAGUACUUGAGUCUAUAUCCACAAUCAAUUCCAUGUGGCAUGACAAACAUUAAUGUGCUGCAGUAGUAUGACACAUAAAAAGCAUUUUAUAACCAGAUUAUAGGCAUUUUAUAAAGAGAUUGUAACAUGUUGUAAACGUUCCCAAGCAGAUCAGAUGUCAGGACAAAUUGGGCCUGCAUAAUAUCUUUCAUAUUUUGGUUUAACUAGUAGCUUUAAUCCUGACAUAUAAAACUUUGACAGAACAUUAAUGGAAUGGCUAACGGCUCGGGUAUUUUCUAUGUUCAACUCUUGCAGUUCAUUAAUGUGAAUUCAAAUUGACGUGGUUGUUUUUAACAGCCUCCCUUUUCAGCAGUAAUUACUUCAUAUUUACUUUACUCCACAGCAUAAUGCCAGUGUGAAUGCUGCUUAAAGUUUUUCAACCAGGGUCAUUUUUGGAAAUUCUGUUCAAUCUGGAAAACAUUUAAGAAGCUUAGAGACACUCGGUCUCAUCAGCCUUUUACAUCAUGUGGUCUGGCUACCAGACUUGUGCUUUAACCUCAGGUUCACUGGACAAGAAGUGACUCUUUUUGCUGCGUAAUUAAGGGGUGUGUGUUAUGCGGUGCUUGCUUUAAUAUGUGCACUGACUGACAAAAAAUGUUUAAUGUAAAAUGGUUUGAGACACAGCAACAGUUUGCAACGAUGCCUUUUUUUUAUGCUUAGUCUAUACGCCAGGUCCUCACUUUACUGUCUGCUGUCUAAGUCAUUUUAUUUAAUUGCAGUGUUUUUUUCCUUUUUCUUUUUGGAUGUUCAUACUGUUUCGAUUAAAAAGUGAAAAUUGA